GUGAGCCCACAGCUGCAGCUAUGGCUUAUGGACUUCACAAAGUUGAUGUGUUUAAUGUUCUGGUGGUGGAUUUGGGUGGAGGAACUUUGGAUGUGUCUCUGUUGAACAAGAUGGGAGGGAUGUUCUACACACGAGCCAUGGCAGGUAACAACAAACUUGGAGGACAGGAUUUCAAUCAAAGGUUGAUGCUGCAUUUGUACGAUCAUCUCCGUCAAACAUACGGUUCUCUACCUACCCGAAAGGAAGAGAUCCACCGCCUCAGACAGGCUGUGGAAGCAGUUAAAUUAAAUCUGACUGUUCAUGAGGCAGCUACGCUCAGUGUGGUGUUGACUCUGCCAGAAAACAGGCUUACCAAAGCACUUCCAAAAAGUCAGGUAAAACCAAACAGUGCGCUGAAAGGCGAGCCUUCACAAAAAACAAGAGACCUGAACAGUCUUGGAGACACUUCCAAAGUAGAGAACGGCUUUGUUGAAGUUGUGUUUGAAAUGGAAAUCUCUCGGAAGCUGUUUGAGAUGUUAAAUGAAGACCUUUUUGAGAAGAUUCUUGUGCCCAUUGAACAAGUGUUGAAGGAUGGCCACGUAGACAAAGGAGAAGUGGAUGAAAUUGUGUUAGUCGGUGGCUCCACACGGAUUCCCCAAAUACGUAAAGUUAUUCGGGACUUCUUUGGAAAGGAACCCAACACCUCUGUAGAUCCUGACCUGGCAGUUGUGACAGGCGUAGCCAUCCAAGCAGGAAUUGUUGCAGGGUCCUGGCCUCUUCAAGUCAGUGCCGUAGAAAUCCCUAAUAAGAAUUUACAGAAGACUAAUUUUAACUGAAAAGAAACUCUUCCCAAUUGCAUUCCAGCUCUCCAAAAGUGAGCUCUGAAGGUGCACACUCAUCUGACUGGCAGUGGAGCCUAAUCUUAGCUGUAUUCUAUUCCAUUUUUAUCUGUUCCAGUGAGGUGUUACUGGACACCUACCUGUGUUAAAGCUUGAUGUUACUUUAAAGGUACAAACGAGUUCUGAAGUGUGCUGUAUUUACUUGGAGAUUGGCUAUUGGAUGAAAAUGCUAGUGAUGACACACCCACAUUUUCUUGCUAAAUUUUAUUAGCAAAUCCUGGAGCGGUGUGUGUUUAAAAUAUAAAGGGACUGUGACCAAAGGUUUGAGAUAAUGUGGUACUGUAGGUAUGCCCAGGUCCAAUAUAUUUACUUUUACUGUGAAGCAGUGUUAACGCACAGAGCACUGGCAGUGCUCAGCUUACAUUUAUUUAUUAGAUUGAGCCAUUUGAGCAUUUAAGCACCUUUCUAAAAGGCAUGUUGCAGCUUGAAUGAGACUUAGGCAUUCACUUGAUUCUUCUGCUGUUCAUAACAGCAUAAUGGUAUUGCUGAGGCUCUAUGGAGAAUUGUCUCACGUUUUGGGAAACCUUAUUGAAAACAUAGCUCUUGCCAACAUAGUUACUUGAUGUGUCUCCAAGGCCUUAAUUCCUGAUCUGGCUGUGAUGGUUAACACACAGGUGCUGCUGUUCUACCACUGAUGUUCUCCACAGAGAACAAGGGUGUAUUGCCAGAUAUUCAUAGCUCCCCUGCCUUGUUUUAAAACUGCAGUAAUUUUAUGUAUCUUAAAGCCACACUUGUCUGUCUAUCCUUGAAUUCGACCAAUAGAGAUUUCACUGUUGUUCAUCUGCGAGUGUGUGAUGUCUUUCCCCUGAUGGACCGAAAGCCAUACUGUCCUCAGGGAGAAAGUGUGGGACAGAAGGGAUGGCCUGGAUGAAGUCUAGUUCCUGUAAUCCUAGUAAAUGAAAAUUGACCCAACUCCUUCAUAGUUUUUAGCUCAUAUCUCUGGAUUAAGUUUUGUCAUGCCCUCACUCUAAACUGAACAGAAGUUGUAGCUGUCCUAUUGGGAAAAAAACAGUGUAUGUACCUUGGGGUUUGAGGUGGCACUUCUUAGGACUCUGUUUUAGACACAUAGUUUGCUAUGCAGUUAUCUUGAAAGUGCACGAGGAGAAAAAAAUUACUGAUCUGAAAAAAACCCUAAUUGGUGACAGUACUACUCUCUUUGGAGGAAUAAAGCAAUACUUAAAGGCCAGUUGAAUUCUUUUAUCUGUGUGGAAAUUUCUAUGAUAAAAACAUGUCAUUCAGCCAAGACUGGCUUCAACACCCAUCAGCCCAGUCUUCACCAGGUAAGUUCUAGUAACAGGUGGUUCUAAGCAUUUUCUUGUCUUCUCCAGAAUAAUUUUGUUUGUAUUAAACCUUGCCAAAAGUUAAUGUGGGGCUUAGAUUUAUUGUUUGAACCUAUGACUAUAUUAAAAUAGGCUUAUUACUCUCUUGGCAGUAGAUCUGAUUUAUGGCACUGCCAUAAAUCAGUUGUGCUGACUCAGCUGUUUGCGUAGCUAUUGUCUAAACGUAUCUUUGAAGUAAUCCAAUUAAAAACCUCUUAAAUUGAAUCAUAGCUGCACACAGCAUUCCAUCAACAUUGUUUAACUUGACAGAGGAUUCCCGAAAUACUGCUAACAUCUGUUUCAUUUCCCUGAGUUGAAGGCCAAAGUGAUUUUUUUUUUUAUUUGAGGAUUCUUUUUCCCUUUGUGCCUCUUUGAAAGUGACCCCACCGAAGUCCAUAUGGAACUUCCAGUAGCUAAAACUCCUGCAGUGAAAGAAGUGCCUUUCCAGGGAAACCAUGCAUGAAUGCCAAUUGGUACAGUCCUCAACUGCUGUUUGGGGCCUUUGCUUUGCAGAUAUAAAUGUGUUCAACAUACAUUCCAAUGUCUUUGGAAUCAUUGUGACCUUUCCUUCUGCUGUGCUGUGAAUUCAUCUCAAAACCUGCUGGAGUUACAGUAGGGCUUUAGUCUUCAUAUCUUUAAUGCACUGUGUAAAACUAGCAGACCUGUGUAAAAACAGAACCACAUCACAGUAAGUUAAGCGAUUUAAAAGUUUUCUGCAGUUUUGGGACAAGUUGUCCCAAGGAGUGUGUGGGAGUAACUUUAAUCUGAUAAACUCUCGAGGCAAAUAAAUGAAGUACUUUUGUUUGUUUCACAUACUCCUUCACUCUGAAGGAGUUAAAUCUCCUUCAGCAUUAAUCUGGGAAUUGGAAGGGAAGGAUGAGUUGUUUACUUGUAAAAAAAAAAUUCACAAAAGGGUAUUUAUUCAGAUUUCUAUACAGGUUGGGUUUUUUAGUGGAGCAAUUACUGUACAUUGGGUAUCUCACAAUGCAUCGUUAUUUAUUAAAUAACUUUUGAAUUCUGCAAAUUAUUUAUUUUGUAUCUUUUAAUACUGUAUUUUGGCACAAACCAUUGAAUUUUAAAGAUGAGUCUGCUGUACUAAGUGGAUAUUUCCAGGUAUGCACAUGGGUUGCUUAUCAAAAGUCUCUCUUUAAACAAAUUGAUAUUUGAAGCCUGAAAUCUUUCUAAAAUCCUUGAAAUCUACAGUUGCCUGUGGUGUUAGAUGUGUAACAAGUUUCUAUAGCUUAAGCCUGUCUUGUGAGUUGAAAUUCUGAAAGCAUUAAGAGGCCUCAACAGUUGUAUGUUCCUGAAUUGUUUCCCAGUGCAGAUGAUGAAAUGCAUUUUAUAAAUAACAUUUUUAGAAUGUUUUUAAUAAAAGCAAUUUCUAUCCCUU